CCACACAGUCCACACACAAACACACACACACAUUUCAUCAACUACUCUCAGCUCACUUAGAGAUCAGAGUAAUGAAACAAAUCAACACUAUUCUCCUCAGAUUCAUUAUACUCAUACUCACCAGUUGUGGUGGCAUUGACAAAAGUAGCCUUUGUUCUACCUACCCUUCCCCUGCCCUUCAUGAAUCAAAUGGCAGCAGCCUCCCAUCAUCACUAAGGGGUGCCCUAAAACUGGAGGGGUACCUUAGCUUUGACAACAUUGAGCAUGCAGCAAAAGACUUUGGGAACACUCACCAUUUCCUUCCAUCAGCAGUGUUAUAUCCCAAAUCAGCUUCUGACAUCUCUUCCUUGAUCCAAUACAUUUCUGGUACGGAGCUGACUGUCGCAGCGAGGGGGCGUGGACACUCGCUGCAAGGGCAGUCGCAGGCUAACAAUGGUGUGGUGGUCCACAUGGAAUCCCUUCGCGCCCCGAGAAUGUGUUUCCAGACAGUGGGGGACAGCCCCUAUGUUGAUGCCUCAGCUGGGGAGCUUUGGAUAAACCUGCUGCAUGAGAGUCUUAAACAUGGGCUUUCACCAAAAUCUUGGACUGAUUAUCUUCAUCUGUCCAUUGGGGGCACUCUCUCUAAUGCUGGGAUUAGCGGCCAAGCGUUCCGGCAUGGGCCCCAGAUCAACAAUGUUUAUCAACUUGAGGUUGUCACAGGCAGAGGAGAAAAAAUGACUUGUUCAGAGGAACAGAACACUGACCUGUUCAAUGCCACACUCGGAGGAUUAGGACAAUUUGGUGUCAUUACCAGAGCAAGAAUUGCCCUUGAACCCGCACCCAAGAUGGUUAAGUGGGCCAGGGUCUUGUAUUCAGAUUUUGCCAAAUUUUGCAAGGACCAAGAGGCCCUCAUAUCAUCUAAAGAUCCUUUUGAUUAUGUUGAAGGGUUUGUGGUCAUAAAUAGAACUGGCCUGGUUAAUAAUUGGAGGUCAAUUUUUAAUCCUAAAGAUCCAGUUCAAGCCAGCAAGUUCAGUUCUGAAGGAAAAACACUCUUCUGCUUAGAGGUUGCCAAGUACUUCAACCAAGAGGAGGGCGGUUUUAUUAGAAAGAAAAUUGACACCCUUCUGUCAAAGCUGAACUACAUCCCUUCAACACUCUUCCUUACAGAAGUUCCUUAUAAGGACUUUCUGGAUAGAGUGCACACCUCAGAGAUGAAACUCCGAGAAAAAGGACUGUGGGAAGUCCCUCAUCCAUGGCUAAAUCUUAUGAUUCCGAAGACCAAAAUCCAUGCCUUCGCUAAAGAGGUUUUUGGAAACAUUGUCACGGACACCAGCAAUGGCCCCAUCCUCAUUUACCCAAUCGAUAAGUCUAAGUGGAGAAAGGGGACAUCACUGGUUACUCCAGAGGAGAAUGUUUUCUACCUUGUAGCAUUCUUGAGCUCUGCAAUCCCAUUAUCUACCGGGAAAGAUGGACUGCAACACAUAAUUUCACAGAACAGAAGAAUUUUAGAUUUCUGCAGAAGGGACAAGAUAGGGAUGAAACAAUACUUGCCCCAUUACAGCACUACUGAGGAGUGGAAAGCUCAUUUUGGCAGUCAGUGGGAGGCAUUUGUCAGAAGAAAAUCCCUUUACGACCCCUUGGCUAUUCUGGCUCCUGGUCACAGAAUUUUCAGAAGAGUGACACUUCAACAACAAUCAUGAGUGACUCUAGUCAUAAAUAACUUAAUGCACAUAUAUGUUAGCAUAUAAGAAUAGAUAUACUUAAUCUAU